UUCACUUUGCAAGUCAACACAAGCCACGGUCGGUGUCUGCUCUCGCUAGCUGUCGAGCUAACGCGCUGCUAACACCGGUCCCGACCCGUCCGGAGGGGUUAGCAGAGCUUCAUCUGCUGGAGACGACUCUUGUUUUUAUGCGUCACUUCGGACGGGACUUUUUUGGUCAAGGACAAACACUCAAAUGGAGAACGUGCGCGUGUUCUCCCCUGUGCCUUCUACAGAAUAAAGGUUUGAAUUCAGGCGGAACGAAGUGCUGAGGACAAGCGAGUCCGACACGCGCGCAGUGAUGACGUAUGCUAGAUGCGACGAAGAGCAGUCUUCUCCACGCUGUUUGGUAGGAACUCCAGCCUGUGUGUUUUUCUUGCUCCGUUUAUCUUAAAACAUGGAGAACAAGGGCGAGAGUUCCACCGGUAAGAAACCCAAACCCGUGAAUUUGAAAGACAGCAUCGACCCCGUCAAAAACUUCGAGAAAUGGAAGAAAAAAUACAACAAGACAAAAGCACAAGUGAAGCGAGACCGAGUGCAGCAGAAGAAGCCCGAGUGGCAGGUCGAGCGCGAGUACAUCGACGGGCUCGUGAGCAGGUACGGUGACAUCAACGCAAAGGAGGCGAUCAGGUUUUCAGACUUCCCCAUCUCAAAGAAGACCUUGCAGGGCUUGCAGGGGGUUCAGUGCCGGCAGCCUACGGAGAUUCAGAGGCAGACUAUCGGCUUCGCGUUGCUCGGGAAAGACGUCCUCGGCGCGGCCAAGACCGGCUCCGGGAAGACUCUAGCUUUCCUCAUACCUGUGCUGGAGUGUCUUUUCCGCCACCAGUGGAGCUCCAUGGACGGCCUCGGUGCUCUCAUCAUAUCCCCCACCAGAGAGCUCGCCUACCAGACAUUCGAAGUGCUCCGCAAGGUGGGCAAGAACCACGAGUUCUCCGCGGGGCUCAUCAUCGGCGGGAAGGACCUCACGAUUGAGUCGGAGAGGAUCCAUCGCACCAACAUCGUCAUCUGCACGCCGGGGCGGCUGCUCCAGCACAUGGACGAGACGGCGACCUUCCACGCCUCUGACCUCCACAUGCUGGUCCUGGACGAGGCGGACCGCAUCCUGGACAUGGGUUUCGCAGACACGAUCAACGCCAUUGUGGAGAACCUGCCCAAGACCCGGCAGACGCUGCUGUUCUCCGCCACGCAGACCAAGUCGGUCAAAGACCUAGCCCGGCUCAGCCUCAAAGAUCCAGAGUAUGUGUGGGUGCACGAGAAGGCCAGGUUCAGUACGCCCGCCACCCUGGAGCAGAACUACGUGGUGUGUGAGCUCCACCAGAAGGUCAACAUGCUUUACUCCUUCAUCAAGAGCCACCUGAGGAAGAAGAUAAUCGUCUUCUUCGCCUGCUGCAAGGAGGUCCAGUACCUGUUCCGCGUCUUCUGCCGCCUCAGACCCGGCAUGCCGAUCCUGGCGCUGCACGGCAAGCAGCAGCAGAUGAAGAGGGUGGAAGUCUACAACGACUUCGUCAGGAAGCAGAACGCUGUGCUCUUCGCUACUGACAUAGCCGCCAGGGGCCUGGACUUCCCCACGGUCAACUGGGUGCUGCAAUUUGACUGCCCGGAGGACGCGGACACCUACAUCCACCGGGUGGGCCGGACCGCGCGGUACAAGGAGGGCGGGGAGGCGCUGCUGCUGCUGCUCCCGUCGGAAGAGAAGGGCAUGGUCGGCCAGCUGCAAGAGAAGAAGGUGCCCAUAAAUAAGAUCCAGGUGAACCCAGACAAGCUGCAGAAUAUCCAGCAGAAGCUGGAGGCCUUCCUCGCCCAGGAGAUGGAGCAGAAGGAAAGGGCUCAGAGGUGCUUUGUCUCCUACCUGCGUUCCAUCUACCUGAUGAAGAACAAGGACGUGUUUGAUGUCUUCACGCUCAAGAUCCAGGAAUACGCCGGCUCCCUGGGCCUCGCCGUGGCCCCGAGGGUGCGCUUCUUGAGCAAAGCUCAGACACAGAAAGCCGAGAAAGAGAAGCAGAGAGAGGAAGAGCAGUCCGAAGGGGAGGACGAGCUGAGGAGAUUCAAGGCUCAGCUGAAAGGAGGCGUCCCUCAGGAGGAAAGUCGGAGCUCAGAUUUAGAAGAUUCAGGCGCCGGCGAGGAGAGUGGUAACGAAGGAGAGACACUCCGUCUGGGUACAGAUGAUGACGAGAGUGACAACGAUCUAAGAGACCUGCUGACUGUCAAAAGAAAAGACGUCUUCAACCUGACGGGGGGCGCGGAGGAGCCAGAGGAGGUUUUCAAAAAGAAAACGGAAAGAGAGACAAAGUUCAAAGAAGCCAAAAAGACCCUCAAGAGAAACUUCCAAGUCAACACCAAAGUGGCGUUCAGCGAGGAAGGGAAGGCCGUGCAGCUGUGGCCCCCGGCCCAACAGGGAGCGGCGGAAGAAGAAGGGGAUGAUGAGGAGAUUUCGGGUAUCAAUAUGCAGAAGGCCAGGGAGAGGCUGAGGCGCGAGGACCAGGCCUUCGACAAGCAGGAGUACAGCCGCAAGGUGAAAGCCAAGCACAGGGAGCAGAAGCUGAAGGCCAAGGCAGCCAGGAGGGAGGCCGGCAAGCAAGGCCAACAAUCUGACGACGACGAGGAGGAUGAUGUGAUGGCGUACCUGGCCAACAACAGCGAAGACGAGUUUGACCCCAGCACCCUGCCGGACCCAGACAAACUGCCCACCGCAGAGGAAGGUCAGGUGACGGCAGCCAAACGGCAGCACAGCAGCGAUGAGGAGGAGCUCGCAGCGGGGAAGAGGAAGAAAGUGAGCCGACAGAACGAUGUGCACAAAGCCCUGGACACCGGUCUCUCUCUGGCGGAGGACGAGCAGCUAGUCCUGCAUCUGCUAGGAGGUCAGAGGUAGAGGAGGCAGAGGGGGAUUCAAAAAACGGGAAGAAACGACAAAGCCAAUUAGUUUGAAUUGGUCUCGUUUGAAGAGUGACGACGAUGUACUUUAGCGUUUAGAAGUGGUAUCGUAAAGCGUCCACGGCUGACCUUUAGUCUGUAGAACAACUCCUACAAUCCAACCAAUACUAUCUUUUCAUUAAUAUCUUUAAAGGUGCAAUAUAUGGGAUUCAGAUCAUUGAUAUAUAACAGCGAUAUAGUGGAGUAAUAUCUGCCUGGGCAGCAAAUAGAGGGAGAAGUGUUGGUAAGAGUGGGCGUGUCCCACUGGUGACGCACCGCUUCAUGACUCAGCUAAACACCAUUGAAGCAAAUGCAUCCAGUCUCAUAUCUUUAGCACCGUUAAGUAUUAUUGAGUAUUAAUGUUGAGUCGCUCAGGGUUGAUCAGCUUCGAUUGACAACAAACAAACGCCAUUCUGAUUUAAUUUCUAUUGAAUGUCUAAAUUCGACAACGUUGGUACUGCAGCGGUUCCGUUAUAUAUCAAAGGAAGGUGUAAACCUGAAGUAACACUUGACAAAGCUCCUGUUCUGUCCUGAUAGGUUGAUUAGUCGGUGGACGUGUGACUCGUCUUGUAAUCAAUGACAUGAAUUGUUAUUGGCAACAUUUUGUAAUCUACUUAUAUAAUAAAUUUGUAUUGCUCAUUUAAGUGUUCAGUUUAAAGGUUUGAACGUGAUUGCAGUCAUGUUUUGGUAGGAUCAGAAGUUAACGGUGUGAUAAAUUACCGCUCAGACAAGGUUCAAACCCCGCCCCCUUCACACCCCCACUCACCUGACCAAUCAGUGCUUAGAGCGGUUUAUCACCAGGGGAGUGAUGGAAAGAUUAAAAUGAAAAUAAGCAGUACAAAUAUGGUUGGAACUAAAUAUAGUAAGAUUCCAUGAAUAAUAAAAAUGAACAUUGCAGUUAUAUCACGACUGAAAGACGGCAUGGAUUUCCAUCAAUGUUCCUGGAGAUGGAGCUAUGUUGCAAAUGCUUCACCAUGAAUCCAUGUUUUCCCCAUUCUACUCUGGUUGAUAUUCUCAUUGAUUGAAAUGCCAUUCCACCAGGCGGAGCUCAGCUGGGCUGGUGACUGGGAUCGGGAUGAACCUGCAGUGUGACGGUUAAACAUGAUUAUGAUUACCAGAUCAAAUGUAAACACGGCCCUUGCUCCACGUGGAGCUACAUCCUUCUGAACCAUGCCUUGUCCUAACGGAAACAAAUUAACAUACCCUGAAAACUUAUAGAAUAUAUAUAUUUAAUUAUAUAUAAAUAUAUUUAUUAUAAAUUUGUAUAAAAAAUGAAAACAAAUUUUCCCGUGGAUGCUGUCAGAAAUGGGGAGUCGGAUAGUUUUAGGCAACCUGAAGUGGUAAACAUGUUAUUUUAUUUUCAUCGGUACACAUUGUCAUACUAACCUUUAUUCCUACAUGUUAUAAUGUAUUAAUGUGCAGCCUGUAGAUUUCCAGAAUAAAAUCAGCCCGCACCAUCUUUUUACUCCUCAGUAAAAUCGGCUACCUGUGUCCAUGUGUAAUAGAUUUUAUAUAAUGUAUAUUUCCACUUUAAGCCCAAAAGGUCCUCCGUUCUGACGGAGUCAGUGAUCGGGCCCUAUAAUGAUAGUAAUAACAAAUAUACAUUGUCAUUAUAUAUCAUAUGGUUAAAGUCAUUCAUGAACCAACUUCCCUUUCUUUGGCCUGAACAACAAGGACUCGUGAGCUCUGCUGAGCCAUGACUCUGUUCCUUGACUCUGUUCCUUGAGUCUGUUCUGCCUCGACCUGGUUGUCACGAUACUAACAUUAUAACUUCUAUACGAUACCUGGCAUAAAUAUCAGGAUACCAGAUAAGAGCACAAAGAGUUUAUUUAUUCACAUUAACAUUAAACCAGUUUGACUGAGGGUUAAGAUUCAUAACUUAAUAUUUUAAAUAAACUUUAACAUUGAA